AUGGUUUCAAAAAUAUACGAAGAAGCAGAUAGUUUUGUGCUUUCUGUCCGAUGGAUCAGCAACAUACUCAUAGUCAUUGCCCUACCCUUCCAGUGUAUGCUCAUACGAGUCUUAUGGAAGAAUCGUAAAAUAUCUGAAUAUACCUCACCAUUCUACCUCACUGUGCAAAUCAAUUGUUUUUUGAACGUACUUCAAACGCUGGCCAAACUGUUUGUUGACGUUCCCGCUACUUCUGAUGCUUUUCGCGAAAGUUAUGCGGAAAACGCCAAUAUUGUUGGGAAAUUAAUAAACUUCAGAGGUUUCUAUAUAUCAAUGAUUAUCGUUAGCAAUUUGGCAUAUAUAACUAUCAAUAGGCUUGCAGUCAUUUUACAUGUUGACACUUAUCGAAAAAAGCCAGUGUUAAGAUCAACAAUAAAAAAAUUAUUUUCCAUCUGGCUUUUCUGGAGCAUACUCUGUCUACCGAUUGUUUGGCCAAUUGAGUAUAGAGCAGUCCGUUUGGAUGCCAUUGAUUAUGACUAUCAAAUUAUCUCUUCUCAAAGGUUCUUUCAAAAGGUUUAUGUGAUGUCUUCUAUUGUUCACACAUUUUCCGUCCUUAUAUUAACAUAUGUAGCUUACAUCAUUAUUGGAAUACAGCUAUAUAAGAAGAAGAAUGCCGUUUUGAAAAAAAGAGUGUUAAAUGUGACAUUGGCUGCAUUAUUGAUGUCGUUAGGAAUGAUACUAUGCAUCGGUAUUGUUGCAGCAGAUUUUAUAGCCUCUCGCUUCGGUUAUUAUUUUCUCACUCAGAACUAUUACCAAAUGGUUUUCAAUCUUGGAAUAGAUUUCAAUGUAUUCAUCACUCCUAUCUCAGUAAUAGCAUUAACGACUGAUGUGCGAAAAAGGUUAUUCGCUUCAUAA